GUGCCAUCGAAGAUGACGGCUCCCUAACUCUUGUCGGCAUGGCCAGCGACCAUGCGACGAUUCAUCGCGUGAUUGGCAACGUGCGUGAGCUGUUGCGCACCGGUAGCGAAGCGCUGGCGUUGUUGGGCUCCGUGGUGGCGCCCACCGGCGGACGCCGGGCGAUCGGCGAGGAGGCCCGGAUAUGGCUGAAGCUUGCGAAGCAAGCCGAGCAAAAGGUCCGAGGCGCGCUGGAGGAUCUCCAGAAGAACGUGGAGCAGGUGGAUGCCGUGGAUGCCUCGCGCUAUGGGCCAAAGAUGGCGGCUGAAAUCCGGAUGGCGCGGAAAGACUUGGUCCAGUUUGUGCAGAAGGCCCAAGAGCAGUUGGAAUCCGGCAUUGCCCGGCUGAAACCUGUGAUGACGCACUUAGUAGCCACCGUGCCGGCAGUUCCGAAAGCUUUGGGGUCCGAAGGCAAUGAGACCCUUCACGAGCGGUACCGCGAAGCCUUCCAGAAGCUCGAGGAAGUCGUCCCUGACCAGAGCACCCGCAAGAAGUCGCGCGUGAACCCCAUCUCCGUGAAAUACCAGGGUCGAGGUGAGAAGCCACCGCCCUCGGACAACCUUUACGUCAAGGGCCUGCCUGGCUGGGUCACAGAGGCCGAUAUCGAAGCCAUCUUCUCUGAGGUGGGUGAAAUCCAGAGCAUGAAGGUCAAAGCCGCCGAUUGGGGGGCCAUAGCCUUCGUCCGGCUUGCCAGCAAGACAGAGGCGGAGCGAGCGAUCACACACUUCCACAAUCGAGUGCCGCGAGUCCUGGAGAG